UUUCCACUUGAUGGAAGUCUGUCUUGCGUUGCAAAAUGGGCUAGGUAUGUUGAUCAGGCCAGCAACCACCACUAACAUCCCAAGAUCGCCAGUCGGAGAAUCAGGAGUCGGCACUGUACACAUUUCAUGCCAAAAGAAAGAAGAAAGCUAUGGUUACUUGCAAUUGUUGAAUCAUAAACCCCUGGACAAUUUUGAGUUGAUGUACUACAUAGUAUGUAGUAAUAUGAACCUUGAUUGCGAUUUGAAUAAUCAACAAUCCCCACGACUUACCCCACUGAAGGUAUACUCCGGGCAUCCCAAGGUAGCUCUGUCGGUGCUCUCCGAUGCAUGGGACGCGGAGAUAGAAAAGCCCUCUCGCACGCUGGACCCCCGACGACCCUUUACUUCUUCUCCGAUUCAAAAAUCCUCCUCUACUUCAUCUACCUUCUUAAUGGACCCUGGCUCAGAACCUGCACCGUCGAAUGGUCAACUGGGUACAAUCACAGAUCGUCUAAGCCUCUACCGCAACCAACUCCUCCAACCCUCGAAUCUCUCGGCAGCACCCCCCUCCAACAACCACAACACGACAUCAAGCCCCAAUCCAAACCCAGCAGCGAUGUCUCGCGAUCCCAUCACCUGCCACGUCUUGAAUACCCUGACGGGUACUCCCGCCGCGAACCUCCCGGUGACCUUGACCCUCCUGUCUGGACCCUCCAGCAGCCAGAGUCCCAUCAGCUUUCGUGCGACGACCGACGCAGACGGCCGCGUCAAAACCUGGGAAGCCACAACCACUUCAUCCACGUCAGUCCCUGCUAUCCUUUCCGGUCUCCCCGCCGCCGAUAGCAAAACGAAUUGGGCUGUUCGGUUUGAGGUCGGUCCAUGGUACGAGGCACAAGGAGUUGAGAGUUUCUGGCCCGAAGUCGAGGUGAAGUUUACCGUUAAGGGACGCGGCCGGGAAGGCGAGGACGGAUGGCGGCAUUAUCACGUUCCCGUGCUGUUGGGACCCUGGAACUAUUCAACUUAUCGGGGCUCGUGACGCAUUGAUAAAGCUCUGAUAUGUAAAGGGUCUUAUCGCUCCUGACUAUCGUGGAGCCCACGCACCCAUAUGACGUAUCUGGAGAAGGGUUGAAACACGACGCUUAUGGGUCUGACUGCUUUGAUAAUAAUGAAUCCCAAGCUUAAACUAUGGGGAUGCUGCUUGACUUAUCCACUUAGGAUAUAUAUGUAGCUGAAUUUGGAUUUCAUGGCAGAUUUGAUCGCUCUUUGCAAUUGAUUGUAAAUGAACACUUUUCCGGAUGAAGGAAAAUAGCAACGGAUCUUGACGAACUGCAGGGUGGAAGUAUAGCUGAACAACUUCACCUACUAAAACACGGGUAGGUACUAGUAUCACGGCUCCAUCGGCUUCUACAUAGUACUCAGUAG